AUGUCCAACGACUCUCUCGACAAUGGGCCUGCCAUUCUGGCCGCAACAUGGGCAUUCACGGCACUAUCCAUAAUUGUCAUUUGUUUACGCUUCUAUGUUCGCAUGGAGGUCGCACACAUGCAGGGCUUGAAGGCUCAUGACUGGGUCAUGUCCAUUGCAUUGGUGCUCCAAAUCGCCAGCCAAGCAUGUAUGACAGAGGGUUACCGUCGGGGCCUGGACAAGCAUGACCAAUAUCUCGUUAUGGCACGGAGGUGGGAUCCAAUUGUUGCAGAGUCCAUGGUCUACCUAUCAGGAUCUGUCUUCGCCCUGACCGAUUUGACCUUCGUGCUGUUUCCAAUACUGAUCAUCUGGAAGCUGAAGAUGCCCUUGCAACGCCGCCUCGGCCUCUGUGUCCUCAUGGCCGGCUCUCUCUUCAGCAUGGCCGCCUGUAUCAUGCGUAUCGUCACUGUACACCAAAGCAACCUCUACCGAACUGCCCCGGGAACGCUAUGGGCUAGCCUCGAACAGUGUCUUGUUAUCAUACUCGGGUCCGCACCGACACUUCCCGCCAUACGUAAAAUGAAGCUGGGAUUCCUUCGCAGCUUCGGCACGUCGCUGGCCAGCCUUGUGGAUCUGAGGAGCCAUUGGAGGCGUGAAUGUGUUAGCGGGCCUAGUCGGCAACACAAUGCAUCUGUGAGGAGAAACGGCAGUGAGAAGCCCGCACCCGAAGCCGUCAUUUGUGGGCUUUCUCCUCCCACGGCUGUUGAACUUGAGGCAGCAAGACGGACACUCUCAGCAGACAACCGCAACCUAUAUGACUCAUACGAGGUCAUUCCCGACGACUACGAGACUGAGCGGCCGCUGCGCUCCACCUCAGCAUAUUGCUAG